AUGGCAUAUACAUCACAUAUCCUAGAUCAAGUAAAGACUCUAGGAUUCCGCCAAGCUACGGCUACAUCCAUUUCAUUAGGAAUUGAUGACCUUUUAACAAUACCUUCUAAAGGAUGGCUAGUCCAAGAUGCUGAACACCUAAAUUUGAUUUUGGAAAAACAGCAUCAUUAUGGGAAUGUACAUGCGGUAGAAAAAUUACGCCAAUCCAUUGAGAUAUGGUAUGCUACAAGUGAAUAUUUUCGACAAGAAAUGAAUCCUAAUUUUAGAAUGACCGAUCCCUUUAAUCCAGUCCAUAUAAUGUCCUUUUCGGGAGCUAGAGGAAAUGCAUCUCAAGUACACCAAUUAGUAGGUAUGAGAGGAUUAAUGUCGGAUCCACAAGGACAAAUGAUUGAUUUACCUAUUCAAAGCAAUUUACGCGAAGGGCUUUCUUUAACAGAAUAUAUAAUUUCUUGCUACGGAGCUCGUAAAGGGGUUGUAGAUACUGCUGUACGAACAUCAGAUGCUGGAUAUCUUACACGUAGACUUGUUGAAGUGGUUCAACAUAUUGUUGUACGUCGAACAGAUUGUGGUACCAUUCGAGGAAUUUCAGUGAAUACUAAGAAUGAAAUGAUGCCGGAAAGUAGUUGGAUACAAACAUUAAUUGGUCGUGUAUUAGCAGACGAUAUAUACAGAGGUUCACGAUGCAUUGCCGUUAGAAAUCAAGAUAUUGGAAUUGGACUUCUCAAUCGAUUUAAAACCUUUCAAACACAACUAAUAUCUAUACGAACUCCUUUUACCUGUAGGAAUACAUCUUGGAUCUGUCGAUUGUGUUAUGGUCAAAGUCCUACUCAUGGUCACUUGGUGGAAUUAGGAGAAGCUGUAGGUAUUAUUGCGGGCCAAUCCAUUGGAGAACCGGGCACUCAAUUAACAUUAAGAACUUUUCAUACUGGCGGAGUAUUCACAGGGGGUACUGCAGAACAGGUGCGAGCACCUUAUAAUGGAAAAAUUCAAUUCAAUGAGGAUUUGGUUCAUCCUACACGUACACGUCACGGGCAUCCUGCCUUUAUAUGUUAUAUAGACUUGUAUGUUACUAUUGAAAAUGGUGACAUUAUACAUAAUGUGACUAUUCCACCAAAAAGUUUUCUAUUAGUUCAAAAUAAUCAACAUGUAAAAUCAGAACAAGUGAUUGCCGAGAUUCUCGCAGGAACAUACACUUUGAAUUUAAAAGAAAAAGUUCGAAAACAUGUUUAUUCUGACUUAGAAGGCGAAAUGCAUUGGAGUACCGAUGUGUAUCAUGCAUCAGAAUUUAAAUAUAGUAAUGUCCAUAUCUUACCAAAAACAAGUCAUUUAUGGAUUUUAUCAGGAAAAUCAGACAGCAAAGAGGCGGAGAAAUAG